GCUACACCAUCCAGAAGGCUGAUAAGAAAACCAUGGAAUGGUACAACGUGUACGAGCAGUAUCGGCGCACUAACUGUGUGGUCUCAGACCUGAUCAUGGGGAAUGAGUACGUGUUUCGUGUGUAUGCCAUGAAUAUGGUGGGUCUGAGUCCAGAGCCUUGCCUCUCCAAAGACAGCGCCUACAUCCAGAAAACAGGCAUUGUGUACAAGCCUCUUUCCUACAAAGAGCAUGAUUUUUCUGAGGCCCCCAAGUUCACACAUCCUCUCGUGAGUCGCUCAGUUAUUGCUGGAUACAAUGCUACACUCAGCUGCUCCGUAAGAGGCAUCCCAAAGCCUAAAAUCACAUGGUACAAAAACAAGAUGGACAUUACAAAUGAGGCCAAGUACCGCAUGUUCAGCAAUCAGGGUGUGCUGACUCUGGAGAUCCGUAAGCCGUGUCCGUUUGAUGGAGGUGUGUACAUGUGUAAGGCGAUCAACUCCAGCGGAGAAGACGUAGUAGAAUGCAAACUGGAAGUUCGCCCUCAAGUCACAAAAGAAGACAUCAAGAAAUGAGAGAGAUGUAAUGGGUUUGGAGAAACUGUGACACUUGUCCUCUUUCUGUCUUCUGUUCUGAAACUGAUCCCAUGACAUGUCCGUGAUCAAAUGACAGAGCAAAGAAAUCUUUCAGCGGUUUUCUUCAUUUGCUUGUGCUCCCCAUUUCUCACUCACAUCCCACGGUCUGUGCUUAGGUGUGAUUUGCUUUUCUUUAUUGCUUGUGUUCAUUUAGUUUCAUUUCAUGUUGUAUUUAAGAUCUAUGCUGUAGGGCCUAGUGACUCAGUAUUUUCUUUCCACAUGUGAUGUUAUGCAAAACAUGCUAAAUAAAGCUAAGAGUUUUGUUGAUGC